GAAAGAGGAGAGAGAGAGAGAGAGAGAGAGAGAGACAGAGUAUUAGUAUUUUUCGUCUUUUUACGCGUUUUGUAUGAACUCGGAACUCGUCAGUCUGAAAUGUUCACCAAUUCUUUCAAUUCUGAAUUUUCUGACAGUAUCCUUUCUGCUCUAAAUUCAUUUUCAAGGGUUUAUUCCAGAAGACGAUUGUUCUGUUGGGUUUUGUUCAAUUAGGGUUUUUUCCUCUUACUAUUGUUUCUUUUCUAAGAAGAAUAAGAUGACGCAGACGAGCAGUAAUAGCAAUAGAGGAAGCGGUACAGAUUUCCAUAUACCCGACGAGAUCUUAUCCGUGAUACCAACGGAUCCAUAUGACCAACUCGAUUUGGCGCGGAAGAUCACUUCCAUGGCGAUUGCGUCUCGGGUGUCGAAGCUUGAGUCGGAAUCUGGUCGGUUGAGGCAGAAGAUUCUGGAGAAGGAUCGGUUGAUUGUCGAGCUUGAGGAGAAGGUUUUAAGGCUCGAACAGGUGUGUCGGGAGAAUGAUGAGCGGUUAAGGGUCGUUUUGGAGGAGAACGCAAAGUUAUCGGAGGAGAGAGAUUCUCUGGCUAUGACUUCGAGGAAACUAAACCGGGAUUUGUCCAAGCUGGAGACAUUCAAGCGGCAACUGAUGCAGUCGCUCAGUGAUGAUAAUUCAUCUCAAGCUGAAACAAUUGAUAUAGGAACCUGUGACCAGUCAGUUACUAAAACCUAUUCAUGGAAUGAUGAUGGAGCAAAUGGGUACAUGGCAUCACGUGUUGUUAGUAGCUCUACAGAAUUGAGGAACUUGCAUGAAGAUGCCACCAGACAUGUUGGGCAUAAAUACUCAAUGACUCCGUACAUCACCCCACGCCUUACUCCUACUGCAACACCAAAAGUGAUAUCCUCAGGUGCCUCUCCCCGGGGGUACUCUGCUGCUGGAUCUCCAAAGAUGACAUCUGGUAGCACAUCACCCACGAAAGUCCCCUUUGAAGGACGGGGUACAUUUUCUUCAUGGUAUCCAUCAAGCCAUCAGUCCUCCGCAGCAAGCUCUCCUCCCCGUGGACGCCCAUUGCCAGCACGAACUCCACGAAUUGAUGGCAAGGAGUUCUUCCGGCAAGCCAGGAGCCGUCUCUCGUAUGAACAGUUCAGUGCAUUUCUAGCCAACAUCAAGGAGCUUAAUGCUCAAAGACAAUCUCGGGAGGAAACAUUAACGAAGGCAGAAGAGAUAUUUGGAACAGAUAACAAAGACCUUUACUUGUCUUUUCAAGGGUUGCUAAACCGCAACACACAUCAGAACUAACACACAUUUCUCAGAGACAGUUCAUGGAUCAUAAUAUUAGGUUAUUGCCCUGUUAUUGUCUUGUGGCAUUUGAUUUUCAUAAUGCAAUGUUACAAGCAGCUUUUGUCUUGACAGAUAUUUUGAGUUUGGAGGUUCACUGAUAUUUGGCGAAGCUUGAAAUGGAACAGUUGAAUUUUGAUUGAAUUUUAAUUGAUUAUGAGGUGCAAAGCAUUAGCAUGAUAUGGAGGAAUGCUUUGCUGUAUAUAGCUGUUCCUGCAUUCUGUUGGCAUAGCUGUCCAUUCGAUUUCAUGUACAAUGUCAAAAAUCAUAGUGGUUGAUUAUGUGUAAGCUUUUCUUCAUUUAGCACACCUAAGGGAGUGAAUUUUGCCAAAUGUACUUUGCUGGUUCACACAAUUCUCCAUUGUGUAAUUUUGUUGAGGAAUUGGAAAAAAACAGAACCAUUAUUGUCAAACUCGGACAAUCGCAGCACCACUGGCAAAUUAGACCCAGGCUCAACUUGUCGAAGAAUCGUGUUAAUAUGUGAUUAUGAAUGUAUGACUCAUGUACCUUCUUGGUUUGACUAGUGAAUGCUCUUAUGCAGUUCAUGACUA